AUGACUUAUACUACAUCCGCUUUACCUUUCUCUCUAUCCGCAGACUCGAACAUCAAAGAUAUUCUAGAGGCAAACGCUAAAUGGAGAAAAAGAAUGCAGGAUCAAUUUCCGACCCUAUUCGGUCUCAAUGCGCAGGGUCAAUCCCCCCACACAUUGUUCAUAGGCUGCUGUGACUCACGUUACAAUGAGACUUGUUUAGGCGUCAUACCAGGUGAAGCAUUCACCUACAGGAGCAUUGCCAACAUCAUUGAUCCUGCGGAUACUGGAUAUUUAGCAAUUAUAGAAUUUGCUGUCAACGUAAUGAAAGUUAACAAAGUUGUCAUCUGUGGCCACACCGACUGUGGCGGCAUUAAGACCUGUCUGAUGCAUAAGGAUCCUACCGCCUCCGCCGCUUCCCCGCCAAAAUUGUCCACCAACAACAUUACAAAACAUCUUCAAGACAUCGAUGAUCUGUAUUACGAACACAAAGACGCCAUUGUGUCGUUAGACGCCGACAAGCAGAUUUUGCACUUAGCUAUCGCAAAUGUUCGAAAACAAUACCUUAAAAUUUUGCAAAAUCCGACUGUCCAAAGUGCCGUGCAACAGAGCCGUCUACAGGUCUACACGAUGCUCUACCAUGUUGAUUCAGGCGCCCUGCAGGUAGUGAACACCUAA